CGGCUGGAGAUGGCGGCGGCGGGGCCGGGGCCCAGCCCGGGCCGGGCGGCAGCGGCGCGAUCUCGGCCGCCGCUUUCUCGUUUCCGGGGUUGUUUAGCCGGAGCGUUGGUAGGUGAUUGCCUCGGUGCCGUCUUCGAAGGCAGAAGCGUGGUAAAACUACCCGAUCUGUUACGAUUCCUUCGGGGUCUGGAACCGGCGGCCGGCCCGGCCGAGGAGGGGAAGGAAACGGCCGAGAGCGCCGGGAGAGAGACACUUUCAUACACGGACGACACGGCCAUGAGCAGGUCGGUGGUGCAGUCCCUGUUAGCCAAGAGGGAGUUCGAUGAAGUUGAUAUGGCCAAGAGGUUUGCUGAGGAGUACAAGAAGGAACCCAACAGGGGUUAUGGGAUGGCUGUUGUCAACGUCUUCAAGAAGCUUCUGAGCCCCAAGUGCAACGACGUGUUUGAACCAGCGAGAGCCCAGUUCAAUGGGAAAGGCUCCUACGGCAACGGGGGUGCCAUGAGGGUGGCAGGCAUCCCGCUGCUCUACUCUGACAUCCAGGAUGUUAAGAAGUUUGCGAAGCUGAGUGCUGAGUUAACCCACGCCAACUCCCUGGGCUACAACGGGGCCAUCCUGCAGGCCCUGGCUGUGCAUCUGGCUCUGCAGGGAGAGCUCAGCAAGGAAACCUUCCUGGAGCAGCUCAUCAGCCACAUGGAAGACGUGGAGGCUGAUGAUAAGUCUCUUACUGACGCCCGAGCGUUGGGAUUUGAGGAUUUGCCAUUUUCAAGGCGUCUAAAGAAAAUAAAGGAGUUUUUGGAGCUCAGCAGUGUUCCAAAAGCCGAUGUGUUGUUUGAGUUAGGCAAUGGCAUUGCUGCCCUACGCUCUGUCCCCACUGCCAUUUACUCCUUCCUGCGCUGCAUGGAAGCGGAUCCAGACAUCCCCGACCACUACAGCAGCCUGCAGAGAACCAUCAUCUACUGCAUCUCCCUGGGUGGAGACACAGACACCAUUGCUACCAUGGCAGGAGCCAUUGCAGGGGCGUACUAUGGGGAGGAACAGAUACCCCCAAGUUGGGAGCAGAGCUGUGAAGCUUUUGAAGAGACGCAGAAGUUGGCAAAUAGCUUGUACGAACUCUCCUGCCAGCGGCUCUGAGGGCAGAGGGAGCUGUGUUUGCUGCGAGCAAAGCGAGUGGGCACCUCUGCUUGGCUGGGCAGAAGGCUCGUGGUGGAUCCAUGCCAUCUGCAGACACCACUGGAGCCUCCACCCCAGAGGCAUGACUGCUCCUGGGAGUUGGGAGCUGGAGGCAGGAGCUGGUUUGGGAGAGAGGGGCCGUACCCUUCGGAUGGGGUUCAGCUGGGAAGGGGCUGCACAUCGUGCUUUGGACAGCAGGUGCAUCUCCUCUGAUGUGUGCAGCAGUGUCUCAUCUUUCACAAGAUUUCUGUCCCACCCUUGUGCCAUGGUUGUCAUGACAGUUCCUCAGUGGGUGUCCAACCCCACACUGGCUUUCUUGCUGUUUUCCUCUGCUCCUGUGUGUUGUGGCCUUUGUUUCAGCUGUCAGGGGCCUUUCUGCACACCCCUGGUACCCCACUGGUUCACACGCAGCUGAGCAGCUAGGAUGGGAGCCUGGAGGAUGUGCUGAUGGUGGCAUGGGACUUCACCUGUCUGUAGAGGUUAGAUCUCCUGGGGGAUUCACUUAAAGUGCCAGAGCUUGGCAAAGGGAUUUCUUUGCAUUGCCAAUGGCAUUUUAAGAAGUGCCCUUGGUGGGUGCAGACACAAUCCCAGUCAGCUCAUGGUCACCGUUGGAAGAGGCUGUAACUGAUCAGUGCUCCUUUGAUGUUCUUUGCUCUGCAGUCCUCCCAACCUUCAAUAUUCUCUGCCCUCCACACUGCUGCAGCUACUCCAGCUAUUCCUUUCUCCCUCAUCUGUGCGUCCUGCAUGUUGUCCUGUGUGUGCCCAGAGCACCAAGUGGGGUUGCUUUUGAAAUCACUUGUGAAACCUGGUGUUAACACACAGAUUCUACUCCUGGUUCUGCUGUAGUCAGUCACAAACCAGCUCAGUGGGAAGCAGGUAUUAACUUCUCACAGCCUUAAUGGGCUGAAAAUAAAGGGAAAGGUAGAUGAAUUGGGGGAGGAUUCAGCAGAGUUUGCUGUUGGUCAGCCAGCAAAGCUGUGUUGUUCCAGAGUAUCAAGUUUAAAACCUUUGCUCAGUGGAGCUGGUCAAAAAGGGAAUAACAGCUUGGGCAUGGCAUGUCUGAAAAAGGGAUCAAAACUCUUUUAAUGAUUGAAAACCAAAGGGAAGAGGUGAGCAGUCACUGUGUGGAAAUGGUUCUGAAUGUGCCAGUGUAAUUCUCUCUGAUCUGCAGUGGGCAGCAGCUGAUCACUGGGAGUGUGUCAGGCUCUGCCCACAUCUGGCUGCAGCAAGUUGGUCCAGUUUCUCCUGCAAUCUGCUUCCUUCCAGUGCCAGUCACCUGUGUGAUUCUUUAAUGGGUUUUCCUCGUGUCAGUGAGUUCCUGAGAACAUGUGGAAUUGUGCUCUGGUGUGUGUUGAUGUCUCGUGCUGCAGGUCUGAAGUGUACAAUGUCAGGUGUUUCACCUUCUGCCAAAAGUGUGAACACAUUCACUCUAUCAUUUAAAAGGAGAUACUUUCCUUUUAAAGCAGCUUUAGCAUUUUAAAUGUCUGGAACUCAUGAAGAGCAGAAGAGCUCUUGUUUAUAAACUAUAGCUCACGUUAGGCCAGAAUUUCAAUGUCUGCUAAAACAUUUAGCUCUGACUUUCUUGGAAAGAAAUAAAGUAACUUAAUUAUCUUUGUUAAUUA